UUGCCCCCUACCCACGCGUCCCUAUCUAUUCCCUCUCCCUUUCCCUUAUCCCUUUACGCACGCACACCACGCGCACAACACACCACACACCGCAGCUCGCACGCAACCGCCCACGCACACACGCGCCGCCGCCCCUCCCCAACACCAGUGCCGCCUCCUCCAGUCCAACACCGAUUUGGGCGAACCCAGCUCCGAUCCCGCCCCGGUGCCGGCUGCCGUCUCCGACGCCGCCUCCCUGCGGAGGGAGACAAGAAUUGCGGCGGGAGGCAGCGGAGAGGGCGCGGGCGUGCCCGGCCAGUACCCUGCGGCCGGCCUCAGGGACCACGGUGCCCGCGGCGGCGACGCGCGCCGUCAUUUGGUCGGCUGUGCCCAGCAAGGGGUUGGCGUUCUGCCGCAGCAGCCGCCUCCCGUUCGACGGCCGCAUCAGCCUCUACGCAGCGGGCGCCCUCUCGUUCGAUGCGCGCGAGGUCGUGGUGCGCCUCGCUGACGAAGACAACUCCUCCUGUAGCAAGAGGGAGUACAGGUCCGCCAUCAAGUUCUCCGUGCGCGCCGAGCUCCACCACCUCAGUGAGUUCAUCACCACUGCAGCGACAGAGCUCCGUCCUUCUGGCCGCCGUCCUUGCUAAUGGGCUAGGCCCUUGCGGCCUAGAGGGCACGCGUCGUGCCUCGCUGAUAGGUGAAGCGUCAACUACCGUACCCUCAGCUCCCCUCGUCAGCUGGGCUACUUUUCGUAUUGGGCCUAUACCUAACCCAUGUAUUUAAACAUGCUACUACUAACUAAUCUGCAUUAUAAUAAUCUAACAAAGACCAAUCGCCAUUAAGCUUCACUAAAAAAGUCUAAUAUCUAUUAAUGGACUAUUAAACCAUUCAGACGUCCACAUUCGCCAACGCACACACAUGUUCGUCUAGAGGCAGCUGAAUUAUUGUAGAACGCGUACAUUGUAUCUCUUCUCUCAGAGUGCCGUUGACGUGAUACAUCACAUCGAUCACAUCCUCUUCUUCUCCUUCACUGAUCCCAGUAUCCCACUACGACUCUAAAGCUCAAUCACCUUUACUAGGCAGUAGCAAGCAGCGAGAAGCUUGUCCAGGUACUAGCCGUUACUCUCUUCUUCUUUUUUCUUGAAAGAACUUGUAUUGUUACUGCCGGUGUGGUCUUCUCGAUUGCUAGCUUAAUUCAGUUUGACAAGCUGCUGCUUCUUAUGGGGAUCAGCCACCUGCGAUUUAUCAUUGAUCACAGCUCUAUGCCACCAAUUUGCAGCCACUGCGCGCUAAGAGUUGGAGUCAUACAGGGGAGCUCAAAAUCAAAUUUGCAGGUUAAUUACUAAUUGAUUGCAAAUGGAUCGCAAAGCUAGUACUGCUCGAAGUGAUGUAGAGCAGAUGCUAAUCGAUGAAAACGCAGAGCCCAAGGCCCUGCCAUUAUCACUUUUGGAGGACAUCACAAGUGAUUUCUCUGAUGAUCAUGAGAUAGGAAGGGGUGGUUUUGCAGUGGUUUACAAGGGAAUACUUGGUGAUAGUGUGGUCGCUGUGAAGAAGCUAUCCGAUGUUUGUAUGGAUGAAACCAAAUUCCAGCGAGAGAUUGAAUGCCUGAUGCAGGUAAAGCACAAAAAUGUUGUAAGAUUUCUUGGAUACUGUGCUGACAGACAAGGAAAUAUGGAAAUGUACAACGGAAAACUUGUCAUGGCAGAUGUCCAUAAAAGACUCCUUUGCUUCGAGUAUGUAGCUAAAGGGAGUCUUGAUAAGUAUAUCAUCGAUGCACAUCGUGAUUGGGGAAUGUGCUAUAAAAUAAUCAUAGGGAUCUGUGAAGGUCUACAAUACCUUCAUGAGAAUCAUAUUGUUCACUUGGAUCUGAAACCAGCGAAUAUAUUGCUUGACAAUAACAUGAUACCAAAAAUUACUGAUUUUGGACUGUCGAGAUGCUUUGACGAAAAUCAGAGUCGAGAUAUUACCAAAACCAUACUAGGAACGAUGGGAUACAUUGCCCCAGAAAUUAUCGAAGGAGGAGUAAUUGCAUGCAGUGCUGACUUGUAUAGUCUUGGUAUUAUUAUCAUUGAAAUACUGACCGGACAGAAGGGAUAUCAAGAUACUGAUAACGUACUUCAAAGUUGGAGUGGUAGGCUGGAGAUAUCACAACGAGACACACUAUGCGAACAAGUACGAGUAUGCUAUGAGAUAGCUAUAGAAUGCAGAGAUUUCAAUCCAAAUAAGAGACCAGCUAGUGCACGAAAUAUAAUUGAUAGGCUUCAUGUAACAAAAAUCGAGACGGGGGAGGCUGCCUCUUCUACCGCAGGGGUAGCUUCGACGGAAUCCGUUGGGGAGGGCGACACCGAUGAUCCUACAGUGCUCCCCCUGGUACUACGGCCGGGCGCCGAGACAGGCACGCAUGCGCUGGAGGUUCAGACAGUCGACAUGCCACGCGCCGCCUCCACCUCACCUCGGCUCGCCAUGGUGGCGUCACAACCGCCGCCGGGUCAAACCGUCGACUUCCCACGGCACGCAGGCCCAGCCCCGGCUCAAUCACCAGGCUCAGUGUACGACCUCGUGGAGACCAAGGCUCCCCUACCGGCCAAGCUAGGCCCGCGCUCAGCUGCCGCAAAGAUCCCCUGCACGUUCGACAUGGUAGAGCCGAUGUCGUACCUGUACGUGACCGUGGUGAAGGCGCGCGACCUGCCCACCAUGGAGAUCACAGACUCCGUCGACCUGUACGUGGAGGUGAAGAUGGGCAAGUUCAGGGGCCUCACGCUCAUGCGGCACCUGGAGAAGAAUGCCAGCCCGGAGUGGCGGCAGACGUUCGCCUUCUCCCGCGACCACCUCGUCUACCGUGGUGACGUUCGCCAGUUCGAAGUCAUCGUCCGGGACAAGGAAAUGCUCCGGGAGGACUCCAUCGGCCUCGUCGUUUUCGACAUGUCCGACGUCCCCUCCCGCCUCCCGUCGGACUCCGAGCUCGCGCCGCAGUGGUACCAACUCUCCGACGCCCAUGGCAACAGGCUCAGCCGUGGCGGCCAUGGCCUUGGCGAGAUCAUGCUCGCUAUCUGGCUCGGAACACAAGCCGAUGACGCGUUCCCGGAGGCGUGGCACGCGGACGCGCACUCGCUGUCCCUUGAGGAGCUCACCAGCACGCGUUGCAAGGUGUACUACUCCCCCAAGCUCAUCUACCUCAAGGUCUCCGUCAUCACGGCGCAGGACCUGGUUGCAAGCGAGACGGGCCGGCCAUUAGAGGACACCAUCGCAAAGAUCCAGAUGGGAAACCAGAUCUGGCGGACGAGUCCACGGGGUGGAACGGCGAACCCGGUGUGGGAAGAGGAUUUAAUGUUCGUGGUCAGGAAGCCGUUCGUGGAUCCACUGGUGGUGACGGUGGAGGAACGCGUCGCCGACAGGAGGGACGAGCCCAUCGGCCGCGUCAUCAUACCAGUCGAGUGGCCGCACCUCCCACGCAACGACCUGGCUAGGUCGGUGCCAACUAAAUGGUUCAGUCUGUCGCGUGUGGUGACGACCGAGGCGUCGGAGGACGUCGCCACGGUGGACGAGGGGACGCUCGCCAGCAAGAUCCAGCUGAAGAUGUCCCUGGAGACGGCGUACCACGUGCUGGACGAGUCGUCAGACUACAGCAGCGACCUGCAGCCGGCGGCGAAGAAGCUCCGGAAGAGCGCCAUCGGCAUCCUGGAGGUGGGCAUCCUCAGCGCUCGCGGCCUGGGCGGCAUCAAGAACCUGUACUGCGUCGCCAAGUACGGUGCCAAGUGGGUGCGCACGCGCACGCUGCUGGCCACGGCGGCGCCGCAAUGGAACGAGCAGUACGCCUGGGAGGUGUUCGACCUCAGCACCGUCAUCACCAUCGUCGUCUUCGACAACGCAAACCUCCACCACGGCCAUGGGGGCAAGGACCAGAGGAUCGGCAAGGUUCGAGUCCGCCUCUCGACAUUGGAGGCCGGCCGAGUGCACACCCACCACUACCCGUUGCUGGCGCUGAGCCCGUCGGGCCUGAUGAAGACCCGGGAGCUGCAACUUGCCGUGCGCUUCACCUGCAAGUCUUGGUCCAAAAUGCUGGUGCAGUACGGCCGUCCUCUCCUCCCGAAGAUGCACUACACGAAUCCGAUCUCGGUGCCACAGCUGGACUACCUUCAGUUCCAGGCGAUGCAGAUCGUCGCGAACCAGCUAGAACAGUCCGAUCCCCCACUGCCGAGGGAGGUGGUGGAGUACAUGCUGGACCCUGACUCGCAAUUCAGCCACCGCCGGAGCAAGGCCAACUACUACCGGCUCACCUCCCUCAUCUCCGUCACGGUCGCAGCCGGGAAGUGGUUUGACGACACCUGCAAGUGGAAGAAUCCGAGUAACACGAUCUUGAUUUACGUCGUGUUCAUCACCCUGGUGUGGAACCCGAGGAUCAUCCUGCCACUAGUGCUCAUGUACAUGAUCAUGAUAGGUGUGUGGAACUACCCGUGGCGGCCGCGGAGGCCGCCGCGCAUAGACAUGAUGUUGUCGCAGGUGGAGCUCGCGCUCCCGGACGAGCUGGAGGAGGAAUUAGACACGUUGCGGCCGUCCAACAUACUCCCAGGCGAGCUGGGAGUAGACUCGGUGCUAAACUUGGUGUUGUGGUACGCGGAUCCGGCACACGCCAACGAGCUGAACGAGGAGUUGGACACGUCUACCAAGCCGGAUGGCAUCGUGCGGAAGAGGUAUGACAGACUAAGGCGCAUGGCCGCCAAGACACAGAGGGUGGUUGGCGACCUGGCCAUGAAGGCCGAGCGCGCCGAGUCACUUCUCAGAUGGCGCGACCCCUGGGUGACGCCCAUCUUCACCACACUGUCGCUGGUGAUGGCUGUCGUACUAUACUUUUUUUUUUUUUUUUGCGAGGGAGCUGUCGUACUAUACUUGACGCCGUUCUGGUUAGUGGCCAUGAUGAUGGGGCUGUACUUCUUCCGCCCCCCUCAGAUCCGGAGCAGUACCAACCGGCGGAAUACCAACCUGCUGUUCAACGUGUACACUCGUCUGCCCUCCAAGGACGACAUGUUGUUAUAAACAGCAUGCAGCAUCUCUUCACUCCUGUUUCGAAGAAAAGCAUCUCUUUCCAAGGUUCUCACUGGGGUCCAUAGGGGGAUUCAGCAUCCCUGCAGCCUCGGCACUUGCCCGGGCUUGCUUAAUGGGCGCUUCCUUGUAUCAGUGCAUUAUCCUGGUGAUUUGAAUAAAAAUAGCGUCUUAAGUCUUACAAA